AUGACCAAAUGGGAAGCCCCAAGUCCCUCAUGGCACAAAUUAAACUUUGAUGGGGCGGUCCACAAUAAUUGGCAAGCUGGAGGUGGUGUUAUAAGAGACCAUCAGGGAAAAAUCAUCAUUGCCUACACUGGAAGCUUGAGGAACCAUAUUGUCAACCAAGCUGAGGGAAUGUCCCUUUUAUGGGGAAUGAAGUUCGCCAUUGCUAUAGGUAUUAGACAACUUGAAAUUGAAGGUGAUUCUAAAAUAAUUAUGGAGGUUGUCGAUGGAAGAAGCGCAGUGGGAUCGAAAGUGGAAGUAGUAUUGAGGGAUGUUAGAAUGCUCUUAUCUAACCUUGAUAGUUUCACUAUCUGCCAUAUUUACAUAGAAGGAAAUGUGGUUGUUGAUUCCAUGGUUGCUUUCGGCAUGCUACAAGAUGGCUUAUGA